UACAUCCGAUACACGAAGAAAGGUACAUGACAUGUGGUAAACACAGGAGUGCUACAGAAGUUGUAAUAAGGAUUUUGACUUUUUAAACGUUUGAUAUAAUCUCAUGAAAGCAUGAUAUCGCAGAAAACACGUGUGACACAGGUGUGCGUGGUUUGCAUUUGACCUCCGCUCGCAGUAAGAGAGCAUUCUGAAAAACAAUGUGCUGAAUUUAAUUUCAACGGAAACGGUUUUAUCAUGAAUCUCGGCGUUAUUCUCGGGUGUUUUAGUAGAGCUAGUUUGUUUCGGAAUAAGGCGACAGUUUACCUUUGCAGAAGCCUGUCAGAUGUCCCCAUCUCGUCUGGUGGCAGUCAGCCCAGCCAUGAGGAGGAGAAGCCCAGGAGAACACGCAGAGCUCCGGGGAAAGCGUCUGUCCUGCUGUUCCCCGGACAAGGCAGUCAGUAUGUCGGGAUGGGAAAGGGACUCCUGAAGUAUGGAAAUGUCAAAGAGAUGUUUGCUGUAGCUGAGAAGGUGCUUGGCUAUGACCUGCUGUCUCUGUGCUUAAAUGGGCCCGAGAAAGAUCUGAUGAAGACGGUUCAUUGCCAGCCAGCUGUGUUUGUCUGCUCACUGGCUGCUGUGGAAAGACUGAACCAUGAAAACCCUGCUGCUAUUGAGAGCUGCGUGUCUGCAGCAGGUUUCAGUGUUGGGGAAUUUGCUGCUUUGGUCUUCUCAGGUGCAAUGAACUUUGCUGAAGCUCUGUUUGCAGUAAAGGUGAGGGCAGAGGCAAUGCAGAAGGCCUCAGACCUAGUAUCUAGUGGCAUGUUGUCUGUGAUUGGCCGACCUCAGGCCAAGUACAAAUAUGCCUGCGUCCAAGCCAGAGAGCACUGUUUGUCUCGCGGUAUCCAAGAGCCUGUGUGCGCCAUUGCCAACUACCUAUUUCCAGAUGGGAGAGUGAUAGCUGGCCAUAAAGAGGCUUUGGAUUUCCUUCAAAACCGUUCCAGAGAGCUGAACUUCAUGAGAACACGGCUGCUGCCGGUUAGCGGGGCCUUUCACACAGCGCUGAUGGAGACAGCGGUCGAGCCUCUAGGAGACGUCCUCAGAAAGAUAGAGGUACGGCGGCCAGAGAUCUCCGUGCACUCCAAUGUGGACGGCAAGCGUUACAUGCAUGACAAGCACGUCCGCGAUCAGCUGACCAAACAGCUGGUGUCUCCGGUGAAAUGGGAGCAGACGCUGCAUGAGAUUUAUGAAAGAGCCCAGGGGCAGGAGUUUCCUCACACCUAUGAGGUGGGACCUGGCACACAAUUGGGCUCAACGCUACAGAAGUGCAACAUGAAAGCCUUUAAGAACUAUACACAUGUAGAUGUUGUAUUGCCACAGGACUGAUCAGUGAUUUGCAGUAAAACUGUAACAUUUGGUUUUCUUCGUGCAGAUAAAUACAAACAAACCCAAA